GGUGGGGCUGCUACAGGGAGUCGGAACUACCCACGUAUCUGCGUGGUACUGCAUACUUACUAUAAAGCCUCUCGCAUUAUACUAGACCGACCGGUGUCUGUUUGAAGAAAGUGCUAGCGUACGCCGGUUGUGAGUGUGACCAUUCGAGCGACAAGCCCAGCAAGCGAAAGCCGUGUAAUUGGAGAGCUAGAGAGGAGAGAGAGAGCGUUGACCGUCCCCGACUGUACUGUCAUUUACCGUUUGUCUGGAAAUUGAUACCGGCUUUGCCCUCGAGAGCCCACCGCACGCGGCAGCGCAGUGCAGGGGGAAGGACUGGCUCGUGGCUACGCAGACGAGAGGAAUUUCUGGAGCUCGCUCACUACUCGUAUGCUGCAUACUAAAACAUCCGAGCUAUAAGUCUGCGCCACCGCCGUGUGUAAGGAGGAGAAGCAUGGCAGCUGAAACUGCCCCAGUGAAAGAGAGAGAGUCUUUCGAGAAGGCGUACCACGUCGGAGCGAUGCUGGGGAGCGGCGGUUUCGGCACCGUGUACGCCGGCACAAGGGUACGGGACGGCCUACCGGUGGCCAUCAAGCAUAUAGCGAGAGAGAAAGUCACAGAAUGGGGACAGUUGAACGGAGUGCCUGUUCCCUUGGAAAUCGUCUUGUUGCGGCGAGUGGUGGGCCACGAUGGCAUCAUCAAAUUGUUGGACUGGUACGAGCGCCCGGAUUCCUAUAUCCUAAUCCUGGAGCGUCCAGAGCCAGUCAAGGACUUGUUUGACUUUAUCACGGAAAAGGGUGCUCUGGACGAGGACUUGAGCAGAGACUUUAUGCUCCAGAUCGUGUACAUGGUCAGGCAUUGCCACAACCAAGGCGUCGUGCACAGAGACAUCAAAGACGAGAACUUGCUAGUCGAGCUGAAGACGGGGAGACUCAAGCUGAUCGACUUCGGCUCUGGAGCCUUCCUGAAAGACACAGUCUACACAGAUUUCGAUGGAACGAGAGUAUACAGUCCUCCCGAGUGGAUCCGGUUCCAUCGCUACCACGGUCGCUCCGCAACGGUCUGGUCGCUGGGCAUCCUCCUGUACGACAUGGUUUGCGGCGACAUUCCCUUCGAGCGCGACAGCGAAAUCUGCAGAGGCGAGGUCUACUUCAGAAGACGGAUAUCAAAAGAAUGCGAAGAUCUCAUCAAGUGGAUGUUGGCAAUCCGUCCGUCUGACCGUCCUUCUCUCGAGCAGAUCCUAGAACACCCGUGGAUGCUGAAAGGCAGGGGUCUGUCGAGCGAGGAUAUCCGGCGAGAGUCCCUCGAAACCGCAUGCCCUAGCAGCAGCCAGGAGAGCAUCUAAGCGCUGUUGCCAGAGCUCGGACAAUGUUCUGUGUACCAGUCUUUGUAUUAAUGUGUGUCGGACUUCUGCAAAAGCCAAGGAAAAAGAGAGAAAAACGUCUGCGCGUGUCAAAGCGUGUCGGAUGGACUUGUGGUGCUCGUGUUGCGAAGAGACAGCCCAGUGCAAUGCCAACCACACACACUCAACCAACGGUCAUCGUUCUGCCUUGGACAGUUUUAUGUACAAAGAAAGGACAAGAAAAAAAUCAACAAAAAAACCAAGAGAGACUCCUCGCCACAGAAUGCUGCUACCUCGACACCUGAAUCCUCAACAGUGUUGGUCACAGAGGUCAGCCAAGAGCCAACUUCCACUCCCCAAACCUUCCCAUCGUGCCAUACCAAGCUCGAUAUCCACUCAAGACAAGGUUGUGUCGAAACCAUACAAACUCUAGAUCCGUACCAACUACCCAUAUAUAGAUAUCCGCCUCUCACACACCCUCGACAGUCCCCUUGCGAGGGGAUUCCACCGCUAACUGCCACUGUAACCAGACUCCCCAGUCUGUGCUGGGAAGCCUGCUAUAUUUAGAGCUCAAGAAUGUAGCCCCUAAGCCUGGGUAUGGUGACCUGACAUAUGCCUAUGUAUAACUUCCUAUUCCCCAAGAGAGAAGCCAUUUUGUGCAGUAUACACUUUUGCUAAACCCAGUUUAUAAGACAUGUACACAAGGAAGAAUACGGUAGAGUGCUGUGCACGCUAAGUUGUGGCUGGAAUUUGUUAAAUAGCUGUCCACUUUUUUAAGAAAGACGAGAGGAUAUUUCUUAACAACUGUUUGAUUACUAAACGAAAUGCAAUUUAUUUUUGGAAACAACGCUCGCGGUCAGCUAAGUACCAUUUUGGUUAUGUGAAACUGCCUUACUAUAACUCUAGAAACUCGGUGUACAGAAUCACUCAUGUGUUGACCAAUACUGUGACAUGACACUGUAUUACAAAGGUCCUGAUUUUAAGUUAUUGAACCAAAAGUCGAUACCCCGCUCGAUACUGCAAGUUGGACACCCCUGAGUUCCAUCCAGUGUACCUGAUCCCUCAGUAUUAUUGUAAUUAUAGAAAUGAACGGAGCACUCUGCUGUAAAUUUGCCGUGAAAAAGGGUGCCGAAUCGAACCCCCAAAUUCCUCUGCGGAGUGACCAACUUGCAGUAACCGGCGGGCUACCAUUUGUGUGUACAUAAGGACAAAGUAUUUAUUUAUUGGACGACUGCAAUUUCAACCGUCGUCUCGAGACUUUUUUCCUAGCGGGAGCCCUGUAUAUAAAUUUGCUCCCCAAAGCUCAUGACUAAAUUAUUGAAAUGAUGAAGAAUUUAGAUUCGUAGCACCAUUUUGAGCAAUAGUGUUGAGCCAUUGUUUACGUGAAUUGGAAGACGUGUCUGCAAUUGCCAUUUUAACUUAUUGCACACAUUUUAUUUUAUGUUGUCUCACUAGUGUAAGAACUUCCCAAAGCACAAUGCAGUUGAGAAUUUAGAUCGUAGCGUCACGUGUAAUGUUAGUAAUUAUUGCGUAUAUUGUUCAUCGAUGAAUUGUUACGUGUCGGACAUCUUUUGUGUACCAAGGAAAUGGAGAAAUGUUCCUGGAGUAUUUUUUAUAUUGAACGAUAUGCUCUCAUUUCUUGUUAUUUCAAAGAAGAUGAAUAAAAGUCAAUCGAGAAUAUA